UCAAAAUAUUCAAAGUAGCGUAACAAAAUAUUUGCAAAAUCAAAACAAAAUUUAAAGUUCGCCUUAACCGAUAACCAAAUUGCAUCCAAUUAGGUUGUAACGAGGGUACUAACGGAACAUAAUUCAAUAUCGGAUGGUGUUAUGUGCAAUCAAAAUGAUGAAUGACCGUAUUUGUGUGUGAUUUAGAAAAACAUAUUGUUGGAUAAAAUUGGGAGCAGUUAAAUCGUAUAUUUGGAUCAUGAAUAGUUACAUGUAUAUAGCUGGUGGAGUGUUUGCUCUGAUAUCGGCGAUAAUAUUAUUCUAUCCAGCAUUUUUGUAUAUAUUUUUGUUUCUACUGUAUUCUGUGAUAUUAGUUGGAAUAGCUGUUUUUGGUACUAUUUACGUGCAUUUUAUAAUGUCAUCAAGGCAUCAGUCACAAACCACCCACCAGCCAUCGAAUGUACUAUACAGUGCAACAUGUGCACCAAUGUUUGAUUUACCUAAACCAAUCAAUAAUACAACGCACCUGCCCAUUAUUUUUGGCAGAACCGUCGAUGGAGUGUUGUUGCAAAUUAUUGAUUUUUCGUUCCGGGAUUUGAUUAUGCCUUGGCUGAGCUACGUCGUCAGAAAACCAAAAAACCUAUCAGACACGUUGCGUGAAGACAUCUGGAUGGGCAUACAAAAGCUGAAAGAACGGGCCGUUAAAAUUGACGUUUUAAAGAUGAUUGCUGUUGACAUGACUGUACGAGUGACAAUUCACCUUGAAAAGCUGAGGAUCGCCAAUGCCAGAGCAACGGAGUCUGGUAAAACGCCAAUAUUUGCAACAACGUCCUACCUGGCAUCCGACGAAAAGGAAUUGGAAUUUUUACGGAAACUUUGUGAAAUCAUGGUCAUAUUUUUGAUGCCUCGAGGAUACUCACUUCUACCGAUGAAAAAUCUGUUGAGCGAAGUUCUAUCGUACAAAAUUUUCCAUCCAAUGAUCAACCUUUUGACGUCACCGGACUACAUCAACCAAAAAAUCGUACAAUUCAUCGAAUCGAGGCUAGCCACAGCCGCCAUGCUGCAACACAGCUAUGAAUAUGCGGCCAGUUUUGAGGACUUCUUAAAAGUGAUAGCAUCCACAAAUACCAUUGACGAAUUGGCGUCGAUACGAUCGAGCAUCGUCAACGAUAUUAUGCAAGCGACAACCCAGCAAAAUAUCCAACGUUCGAAAGGACUGGAUCCCGAUUCGGAGCAGUCAACAUUUACUAAAUCGGAAAUAGCGGCAGCUGUCAAACUAAAACGAUACAUUCAACAGUUGUCAUAUGCCAAGGCGCAAUGUGAAAAGAAUUUGAUGAAAUUGGGGUGGAAGGGAGGUUUUGCUAAUGAUCUGAAUCUGUCAAUGGUUGAUAUACUCUCGACUGUUGUCGGUAGACGAUACUUUACGUUAUUUCUGGAGCCACUGCAGGCCAGUGGUCUAGUUGGAUUUUAUAAGUCCGUUGAAGAGCUUAAACAUUCCAAUAAAUCGGCAUAUCAUCAAUUGGGAGCUGAGAUCUUCUACACGUACAUUCGCGCACCAUCUUCACCCAUUAAAAUUGACAAGGCUGUCCGUAAAAAGAUGGAAUCCUUUAUGUUGGGCGACAUGGGACCAGAUAUAUUUUACGACGUACAAAAAACAGUAUUACGUACAUUGGAGGAAAAAUACUAUUCUUCGUUUCUGUUAAGCGAAUACUACCAGGAAUUAAAGGAUUCGUUGGCAUCGGACGAUGUAAUUACAAUCGGAUCAUUUAACGACAUUCCCGACGACACCAAUUGCAAUGCGAACGACAACGAGGCGUCGGUGGAUUUGAACAAUCAUUCAACCUAUGCAAGAAAUAAGCUGGAACAAUUACAGGAGAAACUGGACAACAAGAGUCAAGCAUUAGACGCUCUGAAAUCGUCUCUCAAACCUGAAUCCAAACUUCUAUCCAUAUUAGACAAAGAGGUGGACUGGCUAAAAAUGGAAAAACGGCAACUGGAAGCGCACUUAAUAAGAACAGAAGUAUGGGCUGAACAUUUGGGUAGAUGGCGGGCGAUCGUUCAAAGUGUCGAGGUGCCCGACGAGAAAGAGCCGCCACAGUUUAUGAUUUUGGUCGAAGUCGAAGAGAAUUUGAGUCACACCAACGACAAUUUGAAUGCUGACCAUGGUUCGGUUAAUGAGAAAAGUGAAAUGGACAACAUAUCAACGGGAUGGGUCGUGUUGCGAUCAUUGACUGAAUUUCAUGAAUUACAUCGUAAGCUACGGCCGCUAUGUCCUGAUCUCCGUAAUGUGGACUUACCGUCGACGGCAUUUAAAAUAUUUUUUAUAAAAAGUGAUAAAAGCUCUCUGGAAAAAGCGAAAGGACAAAUUCAAAAAUACUUAAAUUUCAUAUUAGAGGAAGACUUUCUAAAUCAAAGCGAGGCCAUUUACACAUUUCUAAGUCCGAGUUCGGAGAAUUUGAAGCAAUCGACACCAUCGCCAAAGAAGACAAAAUUUUCGUUGUCAACAUUGUUCAAAACUAGCACCACCGAAUCGACGAGAAGUGACCCGUUUUGGGGUCCAUGCGGUCAGCGCGAAGGUGAAGAAGACAUAUCUUUGUUCCUCCAAGGUGUGGUGUCCGAGAAUGACAAUGCAAAAUCACAAUCCGAUGUGGAUUUGAAAGAUUCGAUCGCAGAGCCACUAUACGCACUGAUGGACGAAGUUUUCGAUAUGGGCGGUGUAUUUAAAUGGUUACGCAGGAAGCUAAUUUCGUUCGUACAAAUAACGUACGGAAGGACCAUCAAUCGGCAAAUUAGAGAGUCCAUUAACUACCUGUUCGAGGAACCGAUGCUUCAUUAUUACACUUCAACGUUAUCGAAGUCAUUUUGGCCGGGAGGUGUUUUGGCCUCGUCUUAUCCGGCUCGGACUCAGGACAUGCAAGAACAGACUGCUAAUGCGGCCCGGUCGCUAUUGAUAAACAACAUACCUGAGGUGAUGUGCAAUUUAGUUGGCGCUGAAACAGCCAAACAUGGUGCAACGAAAGUGUUCGAAACAGUGCAGAAUGCAACGUAUAACAAACAGUUAUUUUACCGUCCGGUACCUACCUGCAAAUUCAGUUCAGCUACAUCAGCAUGUUUAAAUCAUUGGACAGUUUCAAUCGAAAAAUUGCCUCACCGUGUACGAUGUGUGAACAGAUGAAAAACGUUAAACCGAAAUGGCUUCACUGACUUUUAAUUUAAUUUAAUUUUUUAAUUUCUUUUUUGUUUAUGAAGGAAAGCGAUCGAAGAACAAUAAAAAAAAUCUGUCGUUGGAUGUCAAUUCGAACAGGGUAUUUUGACUUUAAAACUCCUUUUAUCAUAAACAUAAUUAUUAUCGACUGAUAUUGUAGCAAAUUCUUAAAAACGUUCUUGCACUUUAGUUACAAACUUUAGAUCUAUGUUGGAACCGAAUUGCUUUUGUUUUUGAUUAGCCGAUGAUUCUAAUUUUAAGAUUAAAGCAAAUUAAAUGAAAAAUUAAUUUAAAAUGUUAAUGAAAUCACGAAAGCUUUAAGUGUUGACUGUUUAGUUAAUCAUAUAUACAAAAAGGAACUAGCAAAUUUAACGAUUGUAAGCUACGAGCAUUUCUUACGGAAAAAAUUCAAUUCAUCAAUUCGAUUGGCAAAAAAAUUCUGCAAAAUGAAUGAACUAACACAUGAAUUGAAUAUACUUAUCAUGUCUAAGAUGCGAUGGCAGUUUUUAUAGCAUGUGGCCGCAGGCCGUGUGUCAUAAUACACAUCGUGAGCCUAAUCAAGUACUUCGCACCGAGAUUCAUACAACGUUUUAUGCAACAGAGCGAUCUAAUACUCUGUAAUGCUGCCGUUAUUUGCAUGAGGGACUUAGUGAAAGAAUUGAGUGAAUUGAAGUGAGGUUUUCAACGCGCUACUCAGGAUAUAGAUUAAUGAUUGUGCGACGAUCAACUGGUGAUAUUGAAACAGAUCUGUGUCUUAUAAAAACGCGCUAAGUCCAUUACUAUCUGCACUCUUCUAACAUUGACCAUCGUCAUCUUACAUAUUACUCACAGUUACAUUAUUCAUGAAAAGUGGACUUAGCAUGUUUUGGUAAAACAAUGUUCUGGUGAUCCUUUGUCUCUUUAGAUGGUUACCCGCUACACAGAUGAAAUGCAAUUAUUUAUGUAUCCGUUUUUAAUACAUUUUCAUCCGAUACAUUUGAAAUUGCCUGAAAUCAAUCGUCUCAAACAGAUACGCGCACAGCUUGACGCUCAAAUCACGUGGGAAAAAUAUUUGCUCUCGAGCUACAUAUUUAGUCAUUUACAUAACAAGAAUAAAGUCGUGUGAACAAACACAAUUUUCAUUUUUGUUCCGAGUAGUUAAUGAAUCAGAGACUACUUCUGGGAAUUUUAAUUACAAAAAACUCUGAAACACCGAAAAAUUCCGAAUUUCCCCCUGAUUUUUCGGAAUUUUUUCCGGAUUUUUAGACUUUCUUGAAGGUAAGCCCUGUUUGUAAUAGAUUUUAUAUGUUGAGGACGUUUUACGUCUAGAACAUUGAAAAUCGCUGUUUUCAUAGGUGCAGUUAUAGCUAUCUUCGCACCUGAAGCACAGAAUAGAACCCUCUUUCGAACAUUUUAUUUUGACAAAUAGAUCGUUUGAAGACCGCACCGGAAGACUGUCGUCUCACUAGUCCAAAAAGCAUCGUCCAAAUAAUUGAAAAACUGAUCAGAUUUUGUGGCAGAUCAUCACUUAAACGUUAACCGACUGUUGUUUGAAACUUUUAGUGUACAUUACUCUGGUGGCAAGGCAAAGCUCCUUUUUAAGUCAAAAUUGUAGUGAGAUCGGAAAUCAGUUAUCAGGGACCUACUCGCCCCAAAACAGUGGCACAUAAUAUUUACGAAGUAAAAGAUUCGACCGGUUGAAGCUGUGGUAUACUAAGAAUUGCUCGUAGCCGAAUAAAUUCUUACGUUUAAGUGAUUUGCAUAAAUGUACAAUUUAAUCAUAACUGCAGUAGUAACAUACAUACAUUGUCAAGUUAAGUUGGUUCAAACAAAGAAUGUUGUUAUCAAAGUAAAAAAAAAACUUAAACAGAA